AUGUCGAAUGAAAGUCCUGUUUUUGUCGAAAGUCAAAAGGUCAAAGCACUAAUAGAUAGUGGUUCGAUGGUUUCUACUCUAUCAGAAAAGUCUUAUACAGGUCUUCAAUGUAAACCUCUACUCCAGAGCUUAGACACUCUAGGAUUGGAUGUUACAGUAGCUAAUGGUUCAACUUUGAAUUAUUUAGGCUAUAUAGAGUGUGAGGUUGAGAUUCCGGCUAUGGCAGAACAAGCUUUCCAGGUACUGAUGCUGGUUGUACCCAACACAGAAUAUAACAGUACUUGUCCUGUUAUCCUGGGCACCAAUGUCAUUCGCCUAGUUAAGAGGGCAACAUUGGAGGAUUCAGUAGUACCUAAAGAGUGGCAGGCUGCAAUGGAUAGUAUCUCCUGUUCAUUCGCAGUGAGAAUGUUGAGUAAGAAACCUGUCACUAUUGCUCCCUAUACAACUGCUGUCAUAAAUGGAAUAGUCCGGGGUGUAGACCCGGAAAUAACUGACCUAGUCACAGAGAAUCAGGAGAACUCUACGUUUCGUUAUAUUGUUUGCCCUCGGGUGCUGAAAAUUAAGCAAAAUAAAGCUAAUCACAAAAUACCAGUGAAGUUUUGUAAUAUCUCAGCAAAGCCUGUGGUUUUAAACCCAAGAUCGAUAUCAUGUACUGUUAACCAGGUACAGGUAGUAGACAAUUUGGCUUCUGAUCUCCCGACAUCACAGGAGGGGAAGUUAUCUCUACCUGAAGAACUUGGUGUGCAUAUUGAUAAAACUAAUCUCACCGAGGAACAGUUAUUAAGGGUUCGCCAGGUCUUAGGUAAUUGGGAACAUGCAUUCUCCAAAAGUCAGUUCGAUUUAGGUAAAACUAAUCUUAUUAAACAUAAGAUCGAACUGUUGGACGAACGGCCCUUCAAACAGCCAUAUCGUAAGAUACCACCUGCCAUGUAUGAGGAGGUUCGUCAACAUAUAAAGGAGAUGCAGGAGGCUGGUGUGAUUAGAGAAUCUAAUAGUCCAUUUUCCUCUAAUGUUGUACUUGUACGAAAGAAGGAUGGAAGUCUUAGAUUCUGCAUCGACUACCGGAUGCUAAAUUCACGUACCAGAAAGGAUGCAUAUAUGCUCCCUCGCUUUGAUGAUACCGUGGAUACCAUAAAUGGUUCCCGUUAUUUUUCUAAGCUAGACCUGCGUUCAGGUUAUUGGCAGGUGGAGGUCGAGGAAUCGGAUAUCGAAAAAAACUGCGUUCUCAGUUGGUAA